UAAAUGGAAACUAUGAUCAGCGUAAAAUACUUUAAAUAAAAAUGUAGUCAAGUGAAAUAACUUUUAAUUAUUAUUGGCAAUAACUGCUGAAAAAUUGGAUAUUCAUUAAUUGCUGCUCGACAAAAUUCGACAAACAUUGUGAUGACGAAAAUGAAAAAAACGUUUAGUUUUAAUUAAUUCUACGAAUAAAUACUCGAAAGCCCGGUAAAGCCUUUAAAAAUGUCAAAGCAAACUUGAAACGAAAAAAAAAAUACUAAAAACGCACGGUAAGCCAUGAAGUGUAAUAAAAAAUGAAAAUGCCAUUUCAAAUUAGUUUUGUGUUCGAGUCAAAAAACAAAUAUUCGACAUUAAAUUUUCCGCAACAAAAAACCGAAAAAAACAAAUUCUGCAUUUAAAAGUGUAAACAAAAUAUAAAAUGUCCUAAUAACCGAGCAUACCCAGGGGAUAUUCAUAAUUGAUUUGCAAACAAGUGAGAGAGGGAGAGAGAGAGGAGAAAAAAAAAAACGUAACAUAACAAGAACCUUAGCCAGAGAGCAUAAAACCUGAUUAAAUUGCAAAUACCUGAAAAUGCUCAAAUGACAAGUUGGGAGUUUGUUUUUUUUUUCGUGAGACCAUUAUAGAGGAGCUGGGUUGUCAUUGUUUAUUUAACAACAACAACAAAAACUGAAACCAGAAAAAAAGCCAACAAACUAUAACUAAAACUAACUGCUACAGCCAUAACGAGCACUGCCAGUAAAUUGUUGAAAACGUGUGAGCCACAUUAUCUGCAGCUAAAAAAAUAACUACCACCAGCAGAAGAACAGCAGCAGCAGCAACAACAACACAAACAAGAACAACGACGACGUCUACAAUAAUAAUAUCAACAUUUAAGUGGUGGCUUUUUGCAGCCUUACAGCCACCCAUUAAAUCCACAACUAGUCCACUAACAUUGCCAUCAACGUCAUCAUAUACCAGCAUCAGCAUCAUCAUCGCCAUACCCAGCCUCCAGCAAUAGCAUAGAGUGUAAAUACACACACGCGAACACACUCGUUCACUCUCACACACACACACCCAUACACCCUGACACACCAACAACGGGAACUGGAACUGGAACUGCAACAAAAUGCCUUUUGGAUUACAUUUUUGCACCGUGCUAUGGAUUAUAUUCUCCAAUUCAUGGCUGCCACUGCUGCCAACAACAACAACAAUAACGUUAACGACAACAACAACCACCGCCACUGCCAGUUUUCAUCUAUUCCAGCGUUCACUAAUGGGAGCAGCAGCCCAGCCAUCAUCAUUAACCGAGAAAAUUCCAUUAGGUGCAAUUUUUGAACAAGGAACAGAUGAGGUGCAAUCGGCCUUCAAGUAUGCCAUGCUGAAUCACAAUCUAAAUGUAUCCUCGCGGCGUUUCGAGCUGCAGGCAUAUGUGGAUGUCAUUAACACAGCGGAUGCAUUUAAGCUAUCGCGUUUAAUUUGCAAUCAAUUUUCACGAGGAGUUUACUCAAUGUUGGGCGCCGUUUCGCCGGAUUCCUUUGACACCCUGCACUCGUACAGCAACACAUUUCAAAUGCCAUUUGUGACACCAUGGUUUCCGGAAAAAGUGCUUACACCAUCAUCCGGUUUUCUGGACUUCGCCAUUAGUAUGCGUCCGGACUAUCAUCAGGCAAUCAUCGAUACAAUACAAUUUUACGGAUGGCGUAAAAUAAUUUAUCUGUACGAUUCACACGAUGGUCUUCUGCGGUUGCAGCAAAUCUACCAGGGCUUAAAGCCCGGAAAUGAAUCAUUUCAAGUUGAGAUGGUUAAGCGCAUUGCCAAUGUUACCAUGGCCAUUGAUUUCCUGCACACACUGGAGGAGUUGAGUCGUUUCACCAACAAAUACAUUGUACUCGAUUGUCCAACGGAAAUGGCCAAAGAGAUUCUAAUCCAGCAUGUACGGGACAUAUCACUGGGUCGCCGCACAUAUCACUAUUUGCUCAGUGGUUUGGUAAUGGAUGAUCGCUGGGAAAGCGAAAUAAUUGAAUUUGGUGCCAUCAAUAUCACGGGCUUCCGUUUGGUCGACACAAAUCGCCGUUUGGUCAAGGAUUUCUAUGAUAGCUGGAAACGAUUGGAUCCGACAGUGUCAACUGGAGCGGGCCGAGAUUCAAUAUCGGCCCAGGCAGCCCUUAUGUACGAUGCUGUGUUUGUUCUGGUCGAGGCCUUUAAUAAAAUCUUACGCAAAAAACCCGAUCAAUUUCGAAACAAUAUCCGUCGCGGCCAGACAGUAAUGACGGCUGCUUCCACAUCCGCUAAUGCUUCAGGUCUAUCAAAUGCUGGCGGCCUAAUGGCUGGCUCGCAGAAUGGUGGCGGGGGCGGCGGCAUGGGUGGCGGAGGCGGUGGCAGUAAUAGCGCUUCACGUCCACUGGACUGUAACACCGGCAAGGGUUGGGUUACCCCCUGGGAACAUGGUGAUAAAAUUUCACGCUAUUUGAGAAAGGUGGAAAUUGAAGGUCUGACCGGUGACAUAAAAUUCAAUGAUGAUGGGCGACGUGUUAACUAUACCCUGCAUGUCGUCGAAAUGACUGUUAACAGUGCCAUGGUCAAGGUGGCCGAAUGGAGUGAUGAGGCCGGCCUGCAACCCCUCUCAGCGAAAUAUGUUCGCCUGAAACCCCACGCUGAAAUCGAGAAAAAUCGCACAUAUAUUGUGACGACAGUGCUCGAGGAGCCGUACAUAAUGGAGAAACGACCCAUUGGUGGGGAAACACUGGAGGGUAAUGAUCGUUUUGAGGGCUAUUGUAAGGACUUGGCUGAUUUGCUGGCCAAAAGGCUUGGCAUUAAUUAUGAGAUGCGUUUGGUUAAGGAUAAUUUGUAUGGCUCGGAAAAUCCCAAAAUCCAAGGUGGUUGGGAUGGUAUGGUGGGGGAACUGGUGCGAAGGGAAGCGGAUAUUGCCAUUGCUGCCAUGACAAUUACUGCCGAACGUGAACGUGUCAUUGAUUUUAGCAAACCAUUUAUGUCGCUGGGCAUCUCGAUAAUGAUUAAAAAACCAGUCAAACAAACGCCGGGCGUAUUCAGUUUUAUGAAUCCUUUAUCGCAGGAAAUCUGGGUCAGCGUAAUAUUCAGCUAUAUCGGUGUCAGUAUUGUCCUAUUCUUUGUAUCGAGAUUUUCACCCUAUGAAUGGCGAAUUGUCCAAUACCCAGCAGAAAACCAUGCACAUCAUGACCAACUUGCCAAUCAACAACCGCCGGGCAUCAUUGGCGGUGUACCAGUACCCGGACCCAUGCCAGCCGUAACACCAGGUGCCACCGGAGUCGUCGGUGGCCCCGCAAUACCACCAGCAUCCGCAGCUGUCAAUGAUUUUAGCAUUUUAAAUUCGUUUUGGUUUUCAUUGGCUGCCUUCAUGCAGCAGGGUUGUGACAUAUCACCGCGCUCGAUAUCUGGCCGGAUUGUCGGUGCCGUCUGGUGGUUCUUCACCCUCAUACUCAUCUCAUCGUACACAGCCAAUUUGGCAGCUUUUCUUACGGUUGAACGAAUGGUUACACCAAUAAAUUCCCCCGAGGAUUUGGCCAUGCAAACAGAGGUACAAUACGGUACACUGUUGCACGGUUCGACGUGGGAUUUCUUUCGGAGAUCCCAAAUCGGUUUGCACAACAAAAUGUGGGAGUACAUGAACUCACGCAAACAUGUCUUCGUCAGCACUUACGACGAGGGUAUACGACGUGUCCGCACCUCAAAAGGCAAAUAUGCGCUGCUGGUCGAAUCGCCCAAGAAUGAAUAUGUAAAUGCUCGAGAGCCCUGCGAUACAAUGAAAGUGGGACGUAAUCUGGAUACGAAGGGUUUUGGUAUAGCCACACCGAUUGGAUCACCGCUCAAGGAUCCAAUUAAUUUAGCCGUACUGUCGCUAAAGGAAAACGGCGAACUGAUAAAACUGCGCAAUAAAUGGUGGUAUGACAAAACCGAAUGCAACCUCAACAAGGACAAUCAGGAAACGUCACACAAUGAAUUAUCGCUUAGCAAUGUAGCUGGAAUUUUCUACAUACUGAUCGGCGGUCUAUUGGUGGCCGUCUUUGUGGCCAUCAUAGAAUUCUGCUUUCGCAGCAAAUCAUCGUCGGCGUCCGGUGGCGCAGCGGCCAAAGCGAAUGGCUCGAUGUUAGGUUCGACAUCGUCGUCGACACAUCAAAGAAAUUCACUGUCGGAUGCCAUGCAUUCCAAAGCGAAAUUGACUAUUCAAGCGAGCAGAGAAUAUGAUAAUGGACGUGUUGGGUAUUUAAAUUGUGCCUCGUUACAGUACUAUCCCACCGCUCAGAUGAGUGCCGGUACGCCACCAACCGAUGCCGAGGCGAUGCACAUGAAUGCCCACGGUCAAGUUUGACAUGAACAUGCGCAGGAUACUCGACUCUGACGUACACCCUGCGCACCAACAAUACGCCGCAUAAUGGCCAACAGUCGUCAGGAAACGGAGAAGAUGCUGAGCAAUCAUGAACAAAUUGCUGCCUCACAGAAUAGUACGCUGCUGCGGAAUCCCGAUGUAAAUCAUCCCUAUAAUAAGUAAAGUGCUACAACAACCACAACAACACUAAAUGAUCAUCAUGACAUAGACUAAUGAAAAAAACUAAAAUGUACUGAAGGUAAGCUGAAUGUGAUCAAAAUUCGUUAAGCGAGAAAUCGGCCUUCGUAUGGAGUGAUGAUAGAGCAGUGAAUGCCAGCAGCUAAAUGAUAAAACAUGUAGCGUGUAGAAAUCAAAAGAGUAAACUAAUGAUAAUGAAUGAAAACAAAAAAGAAAAGCAUAAGAAAAUAAUUCCAAACAAAAGCCAAACUUUUAAUGUAAGUAAAUAGUUUU